AUGCCUCCUACAUCGUAUGAAAAAGUCGGGUCUCUUUUGCAUGUGAACCUUCUGGAUGAGCAACUUCCUUAUAAACAUCUUAUUGGGAGUGUCUUGCUUGACAAAGUCCCUCAAUGCAGAACGGUAGUCAACAAGAUCGGAAAAAUAGAUACCGCAUUCCGAACUUUUGACAUGGAAGUGCUUGCCGGUGAAAACAACACUCACGUGUCGCUCAACGAAAAUGGCUGUCGCUACGAUUUCGAUUACAGCCGCGUUUACUGGAACUCGCGUCUCCACCACGAACAUGCACGCCUUAUCAAAUCAUUCUCUCCUUCAGACAUCGUAGCUGAUAUGUUCUGUGGAGUGGGUCCGUUUUCCAUUCCUGCUGCAAAGAAAGGAUGCACAGUGUACGCGAAUGAUCUGAACCCUUCUUGUUUUUACUAUUUGAACCGAAACGUGGAGAAAAACCACGUACGACCAGUGAGUGCUUUGCAGUGA